CAUUUACUUCAUAUUUUCUUCUUAAAGAGAGAGAGAUAAUGGCAACGUACAAAUCUUCUGGGAAGCUUGACCUAGAAUCUCCGGCAGUCGAAUUCAUUGAACACUUAACCAGAAAGAAAAAUCAUGUUUCAUUCUUUUUUGCUGCUGUGGACUUGAGGUUCGAAGUCGAGCCGAAGGAUUCGGAGACAAGAGCAGUGACCAUGAGCAUACAUGGGAACCUCACGGAAAGCUACAAAACGAUCAAAGCAACAUUCACCGUCGCUCCUGGGGAAGACAUGACAGCUAGCUGCCUGGCGUACACCUUUGAGUUCGAGAAGAUUAGCCAUAACAUCGAAGAUAAAAAGAUCGUUGAAUCUCUGCUCACGUACAUCAGUUUAAGCGAUGUCAGCUACAAGAGGAAAUUUAAGCAUAACUCCAUUGACACUGGGUAUCCGGCUGAAAAAUACUUUAAAGAUUUCGUCAACGCAUUUGAAAAUGAUGAUGAGGUGGAGAUGGGUGGUGUCGAUUGGCAGAAAAGGACAUUUACGGUGAGUUUCAUCAGCGCUCCUUCCAUGAUGGAAAAUUUCGAGACGAUCAAAGUAACCAUCACUAUUAUUCCGAAGAAAGAAGGUAGCCGCGUGAAAUGGAGCAUCGAGGUCGAGAAGAUUGAUGAUGACACCCAAGAACCAGACUCGUUCCUCUUCAUAGCCUGUUCUAUCCGUGAGACCAUCCAGAGCAAGUUUGGUAACUAAAUGCUAUAAAUCGGAAGGUUCAUCUACAUAUAGGACGGUCUAAAUAAAGUGGCACUUAUAUCAUUUAUAUGUCUACUACGUUUGCAUUAUAUGCAUAAAUUUCUUAUAACAGUUGGUAUUGGGAAUGUAUGGACCUCGUAGUCGUAAUGCUCUAAGAAUAAUAUAUCUAUUUGCAUAGUCUUGUUGGACUGGUGAUUAUAAUAUAUCGA